GGGGGUCGGAUGCGGCGUGAGCUCGACUGUAGCUCAGCUCAGCGUUCGCCUGACCGUCAGACGCGCACCGCGUCGACUUUCAGACGUGUCACAAGCCCCGCGGCGACCGGGAGGGCGCGCGUCGUCCUUCGAGCUCGCCGGCAGCGGACCGCACGCCGGCGUCAAAAUGGCGUCCAAACGUGUGGGCGGGAAAGGGCGCCGCGCUUCCACUCGGGUCAUUACGGUAGCUCCGGAGGAGCAGCGGAGAGGCGGGAGAACCGCGGCACAAGACACCGACCGACGACGGCUUCCAGGCGGCCGCAGCAGCGCCAGCCAGCUAGCCAGCCAGCCAACGCGACACUCACUCGCUCCCUUCGGGCGGCGGCGGCGGCGGGGUGACAUGAGCCGCUAGCAUGAACGGAGCCGUGUACAUUCCGUUCUUCCAGGGCCAGCUCGAGUCCGUCUUGGAGCAGGUGGUCCAGCUGGCCGUCCAGGAGAUCAGCUCGACGGUCGGCUCCAGCCUCAACGCGCUGCUCCUGGAGGCCGCCGUCCACGAGCGGGAGAACCGUCGCCUGCGGCUGCGCCUGCAGGCGUGGGAGAGCCGCCGGGCUCACGGCGAGGACCGGGCGGCGGCCGGCGACGACAGCCCGGACGACGCGGGCAGGACGAAACCCGAGCGGCCGGCCACCGGCGGACCCACCGACAGCCGCCGCCUGGAGCAGAGGGGCCGAGUCGCGGAGCAACUGAAGUGCGCGAUGGAGCGCGCUCUGCACUCUGCUCUGUGCCAGCUCAAGAAGAUGGUGGAAGCGUCCUUCGACGACCUCCUGCUGGAGAUCACCCAGAAGGAGUGCGAGAGGCAGCGGCUACAGGCCCGGCUGGACCGCCGUCGGGCCUCCGCGCGCCGCGAGGCCAGGGACGACCCGGGCUCGUCCGGCGGCUCGGAGGACGCCCGCCGGGAGCCGGCCGACGAGGCGGGCGAGGACGGAACGGGGGGCGUCGUGGACGCGUUGGCACACGAGUGGUGCGGAGACGUCUGGAAGCUCAAAGGGUCGGCUGGAGGGGGCGGGGCGAGCGAGGGACCUGCGCUGACCCUGGGGUCGCCCCCACCGCAGGACCCCCGCUGGACGCCUCUGGAGGACAUGGACGUCCUCUCCCCCGACCGGGAUGCCGCGCCUGCGCCGCCGCUGAACCCCUCAGGAAGUUGGGGCGUGCGUUCGUCGGCCUCCAUGUUGCAGCGCCUGCUGACCGCCUCGCAGCCGGCAGACGACCACGCGAGGGCCGCUCACAAGAAGCCACGGCACGCCGGGGUGACGCCGGCCGGCCGGGGUGCCGAGGAGGAGGAGGAGGAGGAAGAAGGAAAAGACGAGGAAGAGGAGGAGAAAGGGAAGAAGAGGAAGAGACGCACCGUUUGGUCAGAGUGCGAGGAUUGCGGCCGCAGGUUCAGUCGCGUGUCGCUGCUCAAAGCUCAUCGCCAGAGUCACGGCGACGGCGCCGUCGGCGUCUCGCCGUGCCGGUGUUCGCAGUGCGGCAAACGGUUCUCCUCAGCGAGCCGCCUCCACGGCCACUUGCGAGCCAAACACCAGUCGUGAACUCUCCGGCGCACCCCAGGAAACAAACGCCACUUAACGGUACACGUGCGCGCGUGCACGCAUGCACACACACACACACACACACACACACACACACACACACACACACACACUAGUUCUGAUAAAUGUGAAAUAUGCCAAAAGGGAAAGAAAAAUACUUUUUGCUCGAAUCACCUGAACCAUCAUCAAUCACAAGUACAGUGAAGCCAUGUUUACCACUGGGGAUAAAUAAGUUCCACACCCACCUGCGAUGCGGGAAAAUCCGUGUAUGUUUGUGUGCGUGUGUGUGCAUAUAAUGUGUGUAUAUGUACAAGUGGGUACGGAAAGUAUUCAGACCCCCUUAAAUUUUUCACUCUUUGUUAUAUUUCAGCCAUUUUCUAAAAUCAUUAAUGUACACACAUCACGUCAUAUUGACAGAAAAAAAUGGAAUUCAUUCCUUCUUUCAUCUUCCGUUCCGCUUAUCAACACGCGGGCCGCGGGCGUGCCGGAGCCUAUCCCAGCCGUCUUUGGGCGAGAGGCGGGGUACACCCUGAACCGGUCGCCAGCCCAUCGCAGGGCACAUAGAAACAAACAACCAUUCGCACUCACAUUCAUACCUACGGGCAAUUUAGAGUCUUCAGUGAACCUAGCGUGCAUGUUUUUGGGAUGUGGGAGGAAAGCGGAGUGCCUGGAGAAAAGCCACGCGGGCACGGGGAGAACUUGCAAACUCCACACGGGUGGGGCCGGGGAUUGAACCCCGGUCCUCAAAACUCUGAGGCAGAUGUGCUAACCAGUCGCCCACCGUGCCGCCUGCAGAUUUAUUAAAAAGAAAAACUAAAAUGUCACACAGCCAUAAGUAUUCUGUAGCGUAUACGGGUUAAAUAGAAAUGUAACUAAUUUAGGAGAAAAGAAAGGGCUGGAAGCGAGACCUGCGUUACUUCCGGUUUAUCGUAAUUUUAAAUUACAGCGUUAUAAAUCAAGCUAUUUUAGCUAUUAAGAGGGGCACCACGUUGCUAUUUAUGUGUAUAAAAUUGAAGAAAACCAAGGAGAAACCUUAUCAGUCUGGUAAUCUGAAGGUUGCUACACUUUAUGAAAUUGUGAUAAGAGUUCUCGACGGCCAGAGGUUUCUUUCCCCGAACCCAAACGCAACAAUGCAGGUCGUGAAUUUUAUGGACAAUUUAAUGAUCUAACAUGGGAAAUCUACAGGGAGACAACACAGAACAAACAAAGUACAGACGAACAUUGGCAAAGGAAACUGACUUGGGAUGUGAGAUUGGUAGAAUGAGCGUGUAGUGAAUGCAUAGCGCUGGGGAUUCCUGUGCUCAUUCAUUUGAACCCAAAUAUGCACUCAUCUGUACUUUUAGUAGACCGCAAUGUUAGACUUAGGUGUCUUGAACACGUUUGAGGCAGGCGGUUCAAGCUUCCGAGUGUUUGGCUGGCCCGGUCCGCAUCGGGAACGGGUGGAUUUGGCGGAAAGGAAGAAGAAAAAGCAAAAGGAAAAAAGGAGCCCAAAAAGUAGCCCGGGUGUCUCUGCUCGCGAGACGUUCGGAACGGGCGCGUCGUGCCUGCUUCCGUCCCCCCCCGGGUGAGCUUAGGCCCCCCAGAAAGGGUAGCUCGGAGCGCUUGCAGGAUGCUCUGCGGUCGGGGAUGGUCCGAUGUGUCUGACGUCCUGCCUGGGCCAGUCGUCGGCAAGUUGGUCGGGUCAGACAAGGUCUGGCACAGAGAGCGUAGCGCCGGCCUUUUUAUGACCGAAGCGAGCCAAAAGGGGGUGCCCCCCCCCGCCCUCCCCUUUCUUUCCUUCCCACCACCAAGGUGUUUAUAUGGAGCAUUUUCAUUCACUUUGAGCUUCUAAACCGAUUAUAAUCGAAAUAGAAGGCUCCAUGUAAACCAGGCUAGCAGCUCUUUAUUCUUUAUUUCAGACCCAGGGGGAUCCAUAUCACAGUCAAGAAAAACAAUUUAUUGGAGAAACAAGCACGGAAAUGAUAAUAACAACAAUAAUAAUCAUCAUAAUACUGAUUGAAAAGAAAUAAAAUAUGAAAUAUAAUAAGAGCAGGCCUUAUUUUUCAUCAUAUCAGAGGCAUUAAAAAACAAUUGUUUAUCGUGAUAGUUUUUGGGACAAUAUAUCGUCUUAAUGCUAAACGCCAUGUUAUGGAUAACAUAAAUUAGUAUCGAUUAUCCAGUAAUCCGAAAUGUAAAGUAUUCCUUUGCGCAGGUUCUUUCUCUUUCGCUGUGAUGAAUAGAAGACUAUCUUACAAGAUCACUUUGAAGAAAGGAACUGAAGACUGUCGCGCACAGUUUUCCAAAGAAGAGCCAAAGUGUGCUUGCUUCCAGCUGUUUUUGUCACUUCUGGUUGAAGUUUACUGUAAAACUGACAUAAAAAACACAAUAAUUCAAUAUUUUGUAUUGAAAAGCCAAAAUGUUCGACCGAACCACAUACAUCAUAACAAAAGUCCACUAGCUUAAUGCAAACAGAAUUGAAUGCGAAACACCAUUGGCGGCUUAACUGACGUUAGCAUAGAUGGAACGGCAGUUCCAAUGAUUGUUCCAAAACAAUUUUCCAUUCAACUGAUGUCGACUGUCAGUUGCAGUCGCUACGUUUGGAAUCGUUCACUUUCAAACUUGAAAAUGCUUCGAAUUGGCCAAUCAAGCGGGUUUACUGUACGACGCGGACGGCAAAAGUUGACGAGCGUCGACGGCAGCAAAGAUCGGAAGACGUGAACGCUUACUGGAAGUGACAGCGGACCAUUUCGUGCUUGUUUUUGCUUUCCCGCAAAUGUCGCACGCACAGGACCUGUGCUGGUCAUGUGACCUUGCCAGGAUUUAAGAGCGCGGAGGAGGAGGACGUUUGCGUCAAGACGAUUAUCAAAAGAUCUCGGACAGGUCGCCGAGGAGCUCGACAUUCCGGGCGUUCCGCUCGUCUCUCAGGAUUGUUGUCGUGUUUUUCCUGUUUCCUGUGACUUCCUGGCGUUCCACCUCACACGCGUAGAGACCUCGUUGGAGCGCUUUCCACACACACGCCUUUUGUUACCUCAGUCACAUUUCGAGGCGUCGGCAGAUGUUUCGAGAACAAACUUGUGAUGAUCGCUCAUCAAUGUGAAUUAGUUUUCCUUUUAUUUUGACUUCUCUUGGCUUUUCCAGAACUUCAGUCGAUCUUUUCCUGAUGUUUGUAGACAAUAGGCGGGCUUUCAAGGUAUUCAGGAAACGCUCGUUUAUCGCGGGGGUUAUGUUCCAGAAACCCCCACAAUCAUUGAAAUCUGCUAAGUAGUGACCAAUUAUUUAUGAUGUAAAUGUUUCAUAUGCAUUUUGAGGCCUAUAUGUGAUACUUAAGAGAGGUGCAGGUAUUUAAUUUGUCCACGUGAGGUCACCAUCCACAAACUCUAGACAAGCACAUGCCUAUUAAAGGUGGGUGUGCUCCGCGUGGAUGACGUGAUCAACAGCUCAUGUAUGACCAGGCAAUUUCUUGCCUUAAGCAUUGGCACCGUUCCUCACACUGACAAUCCUGGAAGUGUAUUCAGUGAAAAGACUUCUGGGAACCCAGAUUUCAUUGUGGGGAUGUUUUUAACUUCAGUACUGUAGUUGUAGAAAAUCAAGCUCAACGUUGCUCUUUACUUGCAUUUGUUCCUGUUGAUAUUGUUAUGAAUGUGUACAUUAGCCAUUCGUCAGGAUAAGGUUGGUAUUUGUGAAUUUAUUUCAGAAAACUGUGGCUUUUUUUAAACAGUGGCUUUCCGAUAGUGUUCUUUGUAUCCUCAAGCAAUCUGGCGACUUACCAAAUAGGAGUGUGACUCUGUAAGGUUUCUUGUUCUGUCAAGAAUCAGAGGCCAAUUGACCUUAUGUGAGUCAUUGCUGCCACAUUCAAAUCAUUCAGUCAUUAAAGCUAACUGUAUCAGAGAUGUGCAGGUGAGUCACUGCACUACACUGACCUAGAAAAAAAAUCUAAUGAAAUCCUGAUGCACUGAAUCCACAAUAAGUGAACUGCGAUAUAGCAAGGAUGACUGUACUGCAGUUUUAAAGUCGGUUUCGAAACCGCUAAAACUUUCCGUGUGGUAUAAGCUGUAUUUUUUUUUUUAAGAAUAUCACAUUAACGAGCGCGCUGCCCAUCAGUCACUCUUCGACAAAGUCAAGCAAACCAUAAUAUAUGACGUGGACGCUGUCUUGAAAUGAAUGUUUGCAAGCAGCUACGAGCGUUAGCGUGUCUCCAAUUGGUGCAAGAAAUACUACCGAGGUAGCUGUCUAGCAUGGCUAACGUCAGUUUGUUUCUGCUUUUUUAUUACUUAACAAAGGAGAAAAGUUGCUGCUCAUUUUGUCAUAAUUAAGUACUUUGAGUUGUACUGCAUUUUGAUUCUAUUAAGCCGUUCUUGUUUGCCUUAGCUGGUUAAACGAUGGAAAUUGUUAUAAACAGUCUUUUAAGAUUUGACAAAUCCUCGUGUGUACCUGACCUUACCUGUUGAAAUGUUAAUUACGGCCAGCAUUAACCUCAAUGUAAUAUCUUUUGGACCGACACUUCACACACUCAAACCGCAAAAGAUAAAAUUGAAGCUAUUUCACGGUAAAAAGCUUGCAAAAGACUCGAGUCACGCUCCCCAGUCCAAUUGGAACUCGCGUGCUGUCUCCAUGUCCCGAUUCCUCGCCAUAUUCGUGCUGUCGACAGGCCUGUCAUAGAUAUUGAUAUGAUGUCAAAUUGUAAUACUGUAAUAUUAUGUCACUCCAUGUUUGAUGCACAACAAAACUUGUUUGCUUUUGUUGACACCGGUCACGUUGAUGCUCAAGGGAAGAAGCGGUGCUCUUCAUGUACACACACACACACAAAUGGGAUUAAUGGUGUGUAUGUUUUGUAAUGUUGCUGAAAUGUUUUGUCAUUGGAUGCAAUACUUUUGAUACACUUUUUGUAUUUGAAUGGUGAUCAUUGAUGUAAACUUUUCAAUGUUUUAGUUUUGAUCAAGAACAUCAAUAAAUGUUGACAAACGAA